UUUGCUGAUACCAAUCGAAUAAGAUGUAGGUGAGGUUAUGAGAUGUAGUUGAUCUUCCCCCUUACAAGUAGCUUCCCUUCGGCUUCGAGCGCGCUUCUCGCGAAAUUCCAGAUCCAGGCUCAGACCGAGCAAUUAGCAAACGACCUAACCUUACCUCGACAACUUAUGAUAUUCAUACAAGAUCAACCCUAUACCACUACUGAAUCCCUAAGUUCUGGCUGGAGCGAUAUAAUACUACAGGACAGGAUACGAUGGCUGCGAUGGACCCCUCCUCGAACCCGUUGCGUAUCAACGACAACGCUCAACCAUCUUCGUCAUCCUCUUUGUCUGCUCGUUCGGCACUACCACCACCAGUCUAUCAAGCGAACGAAGACGAUUCGAUCAUCUCGCUGCAUCUACCCGAACGCCUACUUGUGCUACCCCCUGCAGCUUUUGCUCUGGGUGCAUUCGUAGGACUGUCAAGAGGAGGCAGUCGGGCGAGGUUACGGUUCUUGGCAGAGAACGCACAUCGACCGCCGACGACGGUACAAGGAUGGUACUUUUACACCAAGACGAGAAAUUACCGCAUCCUCUUCGGGGCAUGCAGACAAGGAGCCAAAGACGCCCUCAAGCUCGGGGCCGCGACGGCCCUAUACGUACUGGCAGAAGAAGGAGUCCGCAAGAUGCGACUAGGGAUCCGGAAUAUGGUCAAUGUGGAAAGAGCUGCGGCCGCGGCUCGGGAUAGUGGGAAGGGGAAGGCGAGGGAGAGCGUCGUCGAGGCGGUAUUGGACCAUGAGAUGCGGCUGGCAAAGGCGAGCAAGGCGGACGAGCUCGUCUGGUUAGACGGAGCCGCAGCGGGGUCGUUGUUGGCGUCGGUGGUGGGGCUAUUGAACCAAUUCCCGUUAGCGCUGUUCGUGAGAACCUUGGCUUUCGGGGCGAUCUUGGGUACGGUCGAGGGAGGCCUUCGGAUAGCUCAAGAGGAGAUCAGGUCGCUAAAGGAGGAAAGGACUGAGCAUCCGGAGGAGCCGGUGAAGGAUGGAGCCGGCGUGGUCGAAUGAUCUAUACAUCACG